UUAAGAAGAAUGAACUCUUCCAUAAUAUCCAAAUUCAAGUGUUGAAGGAAAGAGAGCAAUCAAUUCCAAAAACGUAGCAUCAAUUUGCAUGCAUGUGUGGCUCAUAUCCUCCACUUUUUUCUUUGAUUAAAGAUGAUUAGUGAAUCCAUCAUCAAAAAAGUGACACACAAAAAAGACUACUAGAUAUGUCGAGCGAUCAAAGAGUUUUGUCCCUAGCAAACACCUUCCAGGAUGGAGACGGAGACGAAGACGGCGGAGGCUCCCCGGCCGUCAGGGACAUCCAUGCCCUGACGCCGCCCCGCGCCCCACGCCUCCGCGAGGCGUGGGAGACGGGUAGUCAUAGGUCAUCCUCCCUCUCAGUAGCGUCAAACGCUACUGAGGGCGGGGGCGAGAACUUCACUAGCAUGAGCAGGGAGUUCAACGCCCUCGUCGUAGCUGGGGCCACCAUCAAUGGGCCCAACCAACACGAGUCGGGCCCAUUGGGCAGGAUUAGGGAGGAGGGGAAUUUCCAAGUGGAGACAAACCCCUUGGCGAUUGUGCCGGACACUGGGACGCUGGAUCUUGUGCAAUCGCCAAGGGGCGAGUCUGGCGGCGACAGACAUGCGCCUGUCGCUGCCAGCGCGGGAGGAGAGAUGUCGGUGCAUCGGGUGAAGAAAGAGGAGGCGGAGUCGAAGAUUUAUGCUUGGCAAAAUGCCAAAGUUGCGAAGUUUAAUAACCGGUUUAAGCGUGAGGAAGCCAUAAUCAAUGGAUGGGAAGGGGAGCAAGUGCAGAAGGCCACUUCUUGGAUGAAGAAAGUUGAGAGGAAAUUGGAGGAGAAAAGAGCAAAAGCCCAAGAGAAAAUGCAGAAUGAGAUUGCAAAAGCACACAGAAAAGCAGAGGAAAGAAGAGCUUCUGCUGAGGCCAAGAGAGGCACCAAAGUGGCCAGAAUUCUUGAAAUAGCAAACUUGAUGAGGGCCGUUGGUCGGCCGCCUGUCAAGCGCUCCUUCUUCUGAAACGGCACGGCACCACCACCAGCUAUGUAAUAUGUAAAUAUAGUUUGCAGUCAGUGUACAUUAUAAAACAAGAAGAAGCAAGUUUGGUUGGUCAUACUUAUUACUAUAGACAUGAUGUUGAAGAGGAUUUUAAACCCCCUCAGUAUUGAACCUUAUAGGGGUGUUUUAAUCCGAGUUGCAAGAAUUGGUACAAAAUUGUAGCAAUGUGAGUGUUGGUGUUUGUGUUAGGGUUUAGGGUUCUGAGAGACUGAUUGGCAUGUUUCUUUGUCGACAAAUUAUUUUGUCUAAGCAUUUUUUGUUGGCAUUGUUCUUACAUCAUUGAUAAUUUGAUAGUAUAAUUAAUGUGUUGUUAUGUAGUUUGGUAAGUGA